UUAUUUGCUGGCAGAAUGUCAACUUCCAACAGUAGUGAUGACAGUCUCCCAGCCACUCUCUUCUUGACGGGAAUCCCAGGGCUGGAGUGGGCCCACAUCUGGAUUGCCAUCCCCUUUUGUGCCAUGUAUUUGGUAGCACUGGCUGGGAAUGCUGCCCUCAUCUUGAUUAUUGCCAUGGACAACGUACUUCAUGCACCCAUGUACCUUUUCCUUUGCCUUCUCUCACUCUCUGACCUGGCUCUCAGCUCCACCACUGUGCCCAAAAUGCUGGCUAUUUUGUGGCUCCAGGCUGGUGAGAUUUCCUUUGGUGGUUGCUUGGCCCAGAUGUUUUGUGUCCAUUCUAUCUAUGCUUUGGAGUCUUCAAUCCUUCUUGCCAUGGCCUUUGAUAGAUAUGUGGCCAUCUGCAACCCACUGAGAUACACAGUCAUCCUCAACCAUACAGUCAUAGCCAAAAUUGGCCUUGUUGGGAUAUUCCGUAGUGUGGCCAUUGUUUCCCCCUUCAUCUUUUUAUUGAGGCGAUUGCCCUACUGUCAGCACCAUAUCAUGGAGCACACAUACUGUGAGCACAUGGGCAUUGCUCGAUUGGCCUGUGCCAACAUCACUGUCAAUAUCAUCUAUGGACUGACUGUGGCUCUGCUGGCCAUGGGUCUGGAUUCUAUUCUCAUUACUGUCUCCUAUGGUUUUAUCCUUCAUGCUGUUUUUCGUCUUCCCUCCCGCGAUGCCCAGCACAAGGCUUUGAGUACCUGUGGAUCCCACCUUGGGGUCAUCUUGGUCUUCUACAUUCCCGCCUUCUUCUCCUUCCUCACCCACCGUUUUGGCCAACACCGAGUCCCCAAGCAUGUGCACAUCUUUCUGGCUAAUCUCUAUGUGCUAGUGCCUCCUGUGCUCAACCCGGUUAUCUAUGGGGCUCGGACCAAGGAAAUUCGGAGUCGACUUCUAAGAUUACUUCACUUAAAGAUUUCAAUGUGAAUUCU